AUGUGGCAAACAAAGCAUCAUAAAAGUCUAUUUAAGUUUGGUACCGAUACGAAUAAUCAUAUUGAACGGUUUAACAGAAUAUUAAAAGAUUAUACAUCACCUAAAAUGUACAUAUCUGAAUGCGUAGCAAAAUUGAUUUUGAUUGUUGAAGACGCUAAAGCCGAUGAAAUGAAUAUAAAUAUUAAUUUGAAACAAAAGAUUUAUAAUUAUGAUGAUUCAGCGUUGCUUAAAAGAUUUGGUUCACAAAUUACAAGUAAAGCUAUUGAAUUAUUACGAAAACAAAAUGAAAAACUUAAACAUAAACAUUACUUUAUCAAAGAAAUUGAAGAAAGUAGAUGGAAAAUCGGUCAUAAAGACGAAGAAGAAAAUCAUUUUAUUACUACAAGUAUAGUUUAUCGCAACCCAUAUGAAGACUUAUUAUUUUGCAACUGUCAAUUUUAUUUACAGAAUCAAUUACCGUGUCGACAUAUGAUAAUCUUACUUGAUAGAAAUACCGAUGAGUUAUACGAUCAAGCAAAUAAAAUACAAGAAGUUUUUUCAAUUAACAAGCAAUGGUUAAAAAAUCCAGCUGGUUAUUAUAUAAAUGAAAUUGAUGAUUGA